CCAGCGAACGCGACACCCUUUUCGAAGCAGCUUCGAUCGAUCUGUCCUCCCCGACCGUUCCCACACCCACGCACCCUCGAGACACCACCGCCGGCGCCCGCUGUCGGUCUGUUCGGGCUCCCCGUAGCACAGACAUCGGAAGAUGAGAGAUACUUGGCUCGAUACUGCACGUGUCCGUCCAUGAGACAGUCUUCAUGAGUUGGAACCUCCUUGAGCGGUUCAUCCAGUCCGAGCACUUCAACCGCGAUCCUUCGCUCACUGUCUCGUACCUUGCUCGCUACGCCGAGCACGUUGGCAUUCACUAUGUGCUCUGCUCGAAGUUACGAGGCUUCAGCUAUGGGGAGAUUGAGUUCUUCCUUCCGCAGCUGUGCCAUCUGGUCAUCUCCAUUGACAAUGAGUCGAUGGCGCUGGAGGAAUUCCUCAUAGACCUGUGCGAAGAAUCUGUCAAUGGCGCGCUCCUGACCUUUUGGCUGUUCCAGACGUAUCUGCAUGACUUAUCUAGCCAACCCGCCUCUCAUGCUUUCCAGACGUGUCGCCGAGUGUACAACAGAGUCCAGAAUAUCGUCUUCGGUGGCGGGGAACCUACGCGAAGAGCGAGGAUACACGAGAAUGUGCUGCCAGUCACCGUUCUGUCGGGCUUAGUAUUGGCUGGCGUAGGCCUCCCUGCGCUUCCGCAGCACGUUGGUCCACUUGCCAUAGCUCAAGCUAGGAGGCCACGGCCAAUGGAAGAAGGUUCUUCUGAUAUUCCUCCAGCCACGCCUACGCUCAGCAGGAGUGCAACAGUUGGCGGUGGUACCACCAGGCGGACAAGGCCAGGCACUGGAGACGGCCAAGAGGCGCCGCGGCGGAAGACACGAAAACCCGCGGACGUCAAGAUCAAUGGCAGCCCAGCGUCGGCUUCGACGCCGAACACGCCUGGACUGCCACGAGAGUCGCGGCCUAGUGCCUCGCGGCAGUCAUCAGCCGGACACACUUCACGACAAUCCCUCGCGAUGGCCAUGAGUUCGGAAGGCUUUGCUAGCAGUUCCUCACUGCCAGACCGUAGGUCGGAGAGGCGAAAGGUUAGCGCAGGCUUGAGCCUACCUGCUUCGCCGGGGGUGCCACGCCGACUAGGGGAGAUCUCUCGACGACAUUCGCAGAACUUGCGCCCAGUAACGCCUUCAUCAAUGUCGCGAGGGCAAAGGGUCCGAGCGCUACGGCAGAACUACUUUCGUAACGAGAGCCAGCUUCUCACCGCGCUCGAAGGUAUCUCGAAUCGCUUGGUGUCCGUGCCGAAGCCCGCUCGAUUGAGUGCGCUGCGUGCUGAGCUAGGGCUCAUCGCUCAGGAUCUCCCAGCAGAAGUCGACAUACCACUCCUUUGCCCUGCAACCCUUGUGGGUGGCUCUGCAAGUCGAAGUCGGCAUCAUCGCAUCGUACGACUUAAUCCUGCAGAAGCGACAAGUCUGAACAGCGCUGAGAAAGUUCCGUAUCUGCUGAUUUUAGAGGUAAUCCGAGAGGACUUUGACUUUGAUCCGGACAGCCAACAGAAUCAAGAUCUUCUCGCCAAGAUAUUAUCAGAAAAGGGCAAGCAGAAGCGUAGAUUAUUCGACACAACAGAUGCUGCACGACAGGCGGCCAUCAUAUCGCCACCGGAAGAGGCGACGGUGGACAGUGUGCUGGAACCUAUGAGUGGUGAUCUUUCGAGCACUGCGCUACUUCAGGACCUGGAUGAUAAGCCAAGAUCGGGUACGAACAGUCCACGCUCAAGAACGGCACCUCCUGGGGCAAGAGAUCCUCCACGCCUCUCCAGCGGCGUAAGUACCAUCUCAACCCUAGCAAGUGUGUCCACCCCUCGUACUUCAGAAGGUUUGGCAACUGCUCGGCCCAACAGCUCAGAUCGAGCAUCCCCAUUCCGACCUCAGAACGCGACGCAGGCGGAUGUUUCUGCUCUGGCCGACCACAUGCGCACUGCAUCUCAAAUGCUUGCACAGCUUGAGUUGAGCGCUGCAAAACGACCAAAAGCCGAAGUGGCAGCCAUACGCGCUAAGAUCAUUGCUAGUAUGCAAUCGCUGGAAGAGCAGAGCUUUCUGGCAGAGGAACAAACUCCUAACUUUGACACCAUCAUCGCGAGGACGGGUGCCGUCAGCUCGGACGUAGAUGAUCUCGCAGCUUCACUGGACGAUCCUUCCGACCCGGAUCUGGUAAACAUAGGGAAAGGUGCUGCGCGCAUGGAGAACGAUGCCAUGACUGGCGGUAUUCAACGCACUGGCGACCGCGACGACCCUAGUGCGGCCAUGUUCGGUGAGGCCUGGGAGCAGAAGAAGGAGCGAAUACGCCGCUCAUCGCCAUAUGGCUGGAUAAAGCACUGGGACCUCGUCUCUGUAAUUGUGAAGACGGGUGCAGACUUGCGGCAAGAAGCAUUUGCCUGUCAGCUGAUCGCCGUUUGCGACAGAAUCUUUGCUGAACACAAAGUCAACGUAUGGGUGAAAAAUAUGCGGAUCCUGGUCAUCGGCGAGACAUCAGGCCUCAUUGAAACAAUCACAAACGCCGUAUCGUUGCACUCCAUCAAGCGUUCGCUCACGAUUGCAAGCAUAGCAGCCGGUACCAAUCCGAGGAAGCGAAUUGCCACCUUGCAAGAUCAUUACACCAAGACCUUCGGAAGUCCAGACUCGCCGGCACAUGUAAAAGCAAUCGACUGCUUCAUCCGCAGCCUAGCGGCGUACAGCAUCAUCAGUUACAUCCUCCAGCUCAAGGACCGUCACAAUGGGAAUAUUCUGAUCGACGCCGAGGGACACGUUGUACAUAUAGACUUUGGCUUCAUGCUGUCGAAUUCUCCUGGGAACAUGGGAUUCGAAGCUGCGCCUUUCAAGCUGACUCUUGAAUACGUAGAGUUACUCGGUGGGCCCGAGAGUGAGCCUUUUGGACGCUUCAAGGAGCUGAUGAAGGAUGCUUUUCAAGCCUUGCGCCGAGAAGCGGAACGAUUAAUAACCUUGGUCGAGCUCAUGGGUCGUGAAAGUAAGAUGCCCUGUUAUGGGGGCGGCUUGGUCAAUGUUGUUAGUGCAUUGCGUGCACGUUUCGUGCUUGAGAAGAGCAAAGAGGAAGCUCGGGAUUGGGUGGAGGAUCUUGUGAACAAGAGCAUUGGGAGCUACUACACCAGACUCUACGAUACGUUCCAGUACAGGACCCAAGGCAUCUACUAGAUGGCAGAUUGAACGGAGGUUGCAACAGGUAUGAAUGUACGGCAGAAGCAUAGUGGGAAGAGGAAAAGUGUCGGGUGAUGUUAUAUUCCGAAAACAUGUUUUCAAUCUUUCCCCUCCUUGAGCUUUUUGGUUAUCGGAUUUGGACGAAUCGAUAACCACGCCAUGAUGGAUGAAUAGCCUGCUAUCUACGCUGCUUCGACUAUAUCUUAGUGCGAAGCCAG